CAUGAAGAACACCAGAAUUUCUUUCACUUUCAUGGCUGUACUUCUUGUCGGAUUGAGCUGGGAACAGUUUGUUCUUGGCCAGAAUCAGCUUGCCAGCCCUGCAGCACUGCCAUUUAUCUUGUCCAUGGCCAACGCUCAGCUCUCCAAUUUGAGCUCAAUCAUCAACGCCGAACUCAGUAGCCACUUCCGUUUUUGCUCCAGAGACACGGAUGUUGAUUGGAACAGAGCGUUUAACUUCUCAUCUAAUCUGGAUUUCUUGUCUUCUUGCCUACAGAAGAUGAAUGGACAGCGCCUGUGUACAGCAGCAGAAAUCAAGUUUUACUUUGACAGUAUCAUCCUUCAGGCUCCCCCAACUGCUUCAACAGCUUCCUUCCUCAAACUGAAACUUAACAACAAUUGUAAUUUGACAUCUUGGGCUUCUGGUUGUGAGCCAGGAUGGGCAUGCAGUGUCGGUCCGGAUCAGCUCGUCGACCUUACUAAUUCCCAGCAAAUUCCUUCAAGAAUCCAUGAUUGCCAAGCUUGUUGCGAUGGUUUCUUCUGUCCUCAGGGUCUUACAUGCAUGAUUCCAUGCCCUUUAGGAUCCUAUUGUCCCCUUGCCAAGUUGAAUGAAACAACUGGAGUAUGUGAACCAUAUCUUUACCAGCUACCACCUGGGCGGCCCAACCAUACCUGUGGAGGAGCAAACAUGUGGGCUGAUGUUGGUCGAAGUGGAGAGAUUUUCUGUUCAGAUGGAUCAUUUUGUCCAUCAACCACCCAAAAAAUUCCUUGUGAUAAUGGAUAUUACUGCAGAAAGGGUUCAACUUCUCAGAAUAGAUGCUUCAAGCUUACUUCAUGUGAUGCUAACACUGCAAAUCAGAAUAUCCAUGCUUAUGGAGUAAUACUUUUAGUGGGUUUGAGCACUGUGCUACUCAUAAUUUACAAUUUCUCCGACCAAGUUCUUAGUGCUAGAGAAAGGAGACUGGCUAAAUCCAGGGAGGCAGCAGCAAACAGUGCAAAGACAACAGCAAAAGCACAACAAAGGUGGAAAGCUGCGAAAAAAGCUGCAAUGAAGCAUGCAAGUGGUUUGCAAGUUCAACUAUCACGAAAGUUUUCACAUGUGAAAAGCUCGGAUACAGAACAAUUUAAGAUUUUGGAUCAAUCCAAAUCUGAUAUGGACAAUGAUUUAUCAACGUCAUACUCACGUAUCCCAACCACAUCAUCCGCUUCGUCUGUGCCCAUUGAAGGAAGAACAGAUAGCCAGACUGGUCACAUGGGAAUGAUACAUGAAAUUGAAGAAGACCAUGAUGAUCAUGAAGGCCUUCAUAAUGAAACUAGAAAUGAAAAGGGUAUUAAAAAACAUGUGCCAAAGGGAAAGCAUUCAAGUACUCACAGCCAGAUGUUUCAGCAUGCUUACAUGCAACUCGAGAAAGAAAAGGUUCAGCAGCAAGAGAAUCAAAAUCUUACUUUCUCAAGUGUAAUUAAAAUGGCAACUAAUCCAGAGAAUAAAAGGCGCCCUCCUAUUGAAGUUUCAUUUAAAGACCUAAACCUUACUUUGAAAACAAAAAACAAGCACCUUUUGAGAUGUGUCACUGGAAACAUCAAGCCCGGCCGGAUCACUGCUGUCAUGGGUCCAUCUGGGGCUGGAAAAACAACGUUUCUUUCUGCUUUGGCAGGAAAAGCAAUUGGAUGCAAGACUACAGGUUCUAUUCUAAUAAAUGGAAAGAAUGAAUCAAUUCUGUCAUAUAAAAGAAUUAUGGGUUUUGUACCUCAAGAUGAUAUUGUCCAUGGGAACUUGACAGUGGAAGAGAAUCUAUGGUUCAGUGCAAACUGCAGGCUUUCUGUGGAGUUAUCCAAAGCAGAUAAGGUUCUAAUUGUUGAAAGAGUUAUCGAGUUCUUGGGGCUCCAGACUGUGAGAAACUCCUUGGUCGGGACAGUGGAAAAGCGAGGAAUCUCUGGAGGACAAAGGAAGAGGGUGAAUGUCGGGUUAGAAAUGGUGAUAGAGCCUUCGAUUUUGCUGUUAGAUGAGCCAACAUCUGGUUUGGACAGUUCUUCUUCCCAACUGCUUCUUAGAGCACUCAGGAGAGAAGCUCUUGAAGGUGUGACCAUCUCCAUGGUGGUUCAUCAACCAAGCUACACCUUAUACAAAAUGUUCGACGAUUUGGUUCUUCUUGCAAAAGGUGGUUUUACUGUUUAUCAUGGACCAGCAAGGAGAGUUGAAGAAUACUUUGCUGGCCUUGGAAUCCAUGUCCCGGAACGUGUUAACCCUCCAGAUCACUUCAUUGAUAUUUUGGAGGGUAUUAUGACACCAAAUGCAGAUAUUAGCUAUGAAGAGCUUCCUGUUAGAUGGUUGCUUCAUAAUGGUUACCCAGUACCAGCAGAUUUGCAGCAGAUCUCAGCCAGACACACUACAAGCAUGGCAGAUGUGGAGCGAACUAAUGGAACGAGCAACCAUGUUCUUGUCGAGCCACAACCUUCUUUAGCUGGGGAGUUAUGGCAGGGCAUGAGAAGUAAAGUUGAGGAACAUCAUGACAAGUUAAGAAUGCUUUUGAAGACCAAAGAUUUGUCCCAUAGAAGAACUCCAGGCAUACUUAAGCAGUACAAAUUCUUUCUUGGGAGAAUCGGUAAGCAGAGAUUACGGGACUCGAGAAUACAAGUUAUAGAUUAUUUGACCUUACUUCUUGCUGGUGCCUGCCUUGGACCGAUUUCUGAUUUGAGCGACCAGUCAUUUGGUGUUUAUGGUUAUCCUUUCACCAUUAUUGCAGUUUCUCUUCUAGGAAAAAUUGCGGCUUUGAGAACAUUUUCUUUGGAUAAGUUGGAGUAUUGGAGAGAGAGUUCUUCGGGCAUGAGCAGUUUGGCUUAUUUUCUCGCAAAGGACACGGUUGACCAUUUUAAUACAGUGAUAAAGCCGCUGGUGUAUCUAUCUAUGUUCUAUUCCUUCGCAAACCCGAGAUCUUCCUUUACAGAUCAUUAUGUUGUUUUACUCUGCCUUCUGUACUGUGUCACGGGCAUGGCUUAUUCUUUGGCUAUCCUCCUUCAGCCUGGUGCAGCUCAACUGUGGUCAGCCAUUUUUCCUGUUGUCUUAACCCUCUUUAUAACAAGGCCUCAAACUAGUUCAGCAAUGAAGACUCUGUCUAAUCUUUGUUACCCCAAAUGGGCUUUGGAAGCAUUAGUGACUGCAAAUGCGGAAAGGUACGACGGAGUGUGGCUGAUAACUCGCUGUGGAGUUUUGAAUGGGAGUGGAUUUGACAUUCAUGACUGGGGCCAAUGCCUACUCCUCCUAAUGGUCACAGGUGUGAUUUUCCGAAUACUUUCAUAUGUUUGUUUGUUGAUCGUUCGAAGAAAGUGAUGCCUUGACCGCAAGACUCAGUCCCCUCUGCCAUUUUCUUCAAGUAGUAAGCAACCUAGAGCAACAAUACCCCAUUUUCAGGCACCUUUCAUUAUGGACUUCCCUAUCACACGAAGAUACAGUUCAGAAAUUGCAUAUAUUUGAUAUAAGAUCCUUGCUCUCUUACUUAGCAAUGUUGCCUCCUCAGCCUGAUUCAUGGUACUCUUAUGGUGAAAGUUAAAGCAGGUGAAGCCAAACCCAGCUUUCUCUGUAUCUAACUGCAUUAAUUCCUCCAUCAAGCUUCAAUU